GAGUGUUGCAUCCACGUGACGUUGUUUACAGCUUGUUCUGAAAUCUAUGAAUACAUCUUUAUAUCAAACGCUAGUUAUUUCCUUGUUAAAAGCUAGCACACUGUAUUGUGUGUCGGUUCCCUACACUACCACUAGGGGGCAGAAAACAACAAACUGUAAAAGGUUUUCUUCGUUGGUAGUUAAAGAUGCAUCAAGAAAGGAGGUAAACAGCACCCUUGGUCGGGCCCUGAUGUAUUUCUAGAUAUGACACAAACCUCUUGUUGAUAAUGUUAUUGUCAGACGGACCGCAGAACUCUUGAACACCUUUUCUGACCGCGAAACUACUCGGCUGCUCUCUCCGAUUUGUGAACACGGGAUUCCAUUUCUACAGUCCAUGAUCUCCUGACCUGUAUAUGUGCACAUUUGCCAGAUCACUUCAGCCAGCCCCUCCCACACACAUGAGUCCAAUUUUCUCUUGGAGCAGGGCCAAGCGCCAUGCCUGACCGGGACAGUUCCUACCUAUCAUGUGGUGGUGGGAGUAGCGGUACUCUGGGUGAAGAGGGGGGACCUGGGUCUGGUUUGGCGGGGGGCUCGGCGGACGGCAGAGGCGGUUCUGGGGGAGGUGUUGGUGGGAUUGUCUCUGGCUCUGGGGGCAUGGGUGGAGGAGGGGCGCCUGGAAACAGCAAUGGUUUUGGGAACGGUGGAGGAGGGGGACCAGGUUCGGGACUGGCACUAGACGGUGUUUGCAGGGACUUCAUACGCAAUGUCUGCAAGAGGGGGAAGCGCUGUCGCUUUAAACACCCAGACUUUAAUGAAGUACCAGACCUGGGAGUGCAAAAGAAUGAGUUCAUCUUCUGCCAUGACUAUCAGAAUAAGGACUGCAUGCGCUCCAACUGCCGCUUUGUGCAUGGGUCCAAAGAGGAUGAGGACUAUUACAAGAAAACAGGAGAGUUGCCCCCCAGACUACGAGGGAAGGUUGCCGCACGACUCGGUCUGUCCCUGAUGGAUCUCCCUCUUAGCCGAGGGGAGGUCCCAAUCUGCAGAGACUUCCUUAAGGGAGAGUGUCAGAGAGGGAACAAAUGUAAAUUUCGCCAUGUCAAAAAAGACUAUGAAUACGAACCUUCAAGAGCUGGCGUGGGUGGUGUUGUGGGACAGGUACCAAUUGGAAUGGUGACCACUGGGGGAGGGAUGGGUGGAGGAGGAGGCGCCUGUGGAGGAAUGCAAGGACUUGUGGGAGGUGGGGGUAACAUGAUGGGGACAGGCUGCCCCAGCCUGGGUAGCUGCAGAGAUGCAGGUCUCUCAGGGGUUGGAGGGAUAGGUGGAGGUGGAAUAAGUGGGUGUCUCUCCAUUGGUUCUUCGGGACAGCGACGGUAUGACAGAAGCUCAGUGUACGACCCACUCCUCGAAAGUGGGCUGUUUGAUGCUAAUUCUUUGGAGGCUUCUAUAGAUCACACUGCUCUACAGCUGAAGAGGCGGCGGUUGGAGGGCCUCCGGUUGAUCGAUGGAGGUUGGGGAGAGUUGGGGGUUCAAGCUGUGCUGCCACCUCGUCCUCUGGAGUACAGAUUCCUGGAAGAAGAAAAUUCCUUGUUGAGGAAGAGAGUGGAGGAGUUAAAGAAGCAGGUCUCCAAUCUUGUUGCCACCAAUGAGGUCCUCCUGGAGCAGAACGCCCAGUUUAGGAGCCAGGCCAAGGUGAUGACACUGUCGUCCACCCCUGCUCCCACUGAGCAGAAUCUGGCGCCCCCUGUGGGUGCAGUGAGCUCCUACAAUCACAGCAUUGCUCAGACCCACACCACCCUCAGCAGCGCGGGACUGCAGCCUCGGCCCGUCACUCAACAAGACCUGGUGGCUUCCACCGGUGCCCCUGCUGCUCCGCCUACCAAUGCGGCCCCACCCUCAGCACCUCCCCCGCACCUCAACCCUGAGAUUACCCCGCUCUCAGCUGCCCUCGCACAGACCAUUGCCCAAGGAAUGGCGCCACCUGUUUCCAUGGCCCAAGUGGCAGUAUCUGUGGCACCGGUUGCUGUGUCCAUGACACAGCCUCUCCCAGGCAUCACCAUGAGUCAUGCUACCACCCCGAUGGUAUCGUACCCCAUCGCAAGUCAAAGCAUGAGGAUCACAACCCUGCCUCACUGAAUAUAUGUUGAACCCUUCAGUGAGACUGUAGCAUCAUGAAGGGGAAUUUUUAACACAGAUGCUCUUUUUUCUAUGUGUUUAGGACUAAAGUGACAAAAAACAGGGAAAAGUGAGACUUUUUUCCCCCGACAGGACAGUAUGAAGACUUGUGUUUAUGUUGUAUGGCAACAUUAUAAAUAUCAGUUUCCUGCAGACUGAAUUAUCUGCAAACUACUCUAUGUACCUCAGGGGAUGUCUUCACCCUGAGAUGUCAACAAAGUGUGAAGUUUCCCAGCAGUGUAAGACUUCUGUUCCUCCAUGUCUGCACAUAAAGACAGAGGGAAGCAGUCUGUGCGGAUGUUUCUGUGGAUUACUCUGUAAAUUAAUUUCGGUUCUUAAAAAAAAAAAAAAAAAAAAACUUUUAACAACCCUUUU